AUCUCAGUUGCGCACAAAUUUCUUGCAACGGCACGAUGUUAGAGGCAUGCCUCACGUCCAGCUCAAACUGGCGAAGCAGCAACUGGCGCCCAAAACAGCUGGCGGCGACGCAGAAGAACAACUUAUGGCUCGCUGUGACGGCUGAAGACUUGUCUGGCCAAGUUAGUCUGAGUUUUACCACGGCCCGAGACGGUUUAAGCCAAGCGACGCGAUUAUAAUACGGAAUCCGAAUACGAAUGCGAGUUCGAGUCCGAACCGUACCGUACCAUACCGAGUCGUUUAUUUGCUCUAUAAGAAAGAAAGAAAGGUGCGCGCGCGCAUGCGCUGUCGUUUAAACCAAGCUGAAAGUAAUAUUAAUAGUAUUAAGAAAACCGAAAAAGCGAGUGGAGUGUUCUGCAAGACAGAGCGUGAAGUGCAGCCGACUGCUGAAUUGUUUUUGUUUUGUUUUGUUUUGUUUUGUUCAAGCCUUUGCAUUGUUGUUGUUGGUAAAUAGUUUAUACAGAUAAAUAUGCGGAAAAUCUAAUCCGUUAAAACGUAACAAUAAACGACGUCAACUGGCUAUUGAUUACAAGAUUACAAGUCGUGUGUGUGACACUUUUGCAGUGCAGGAAAACAGGUUAUUGUCAUUGCUAUUUAUUGUUGCUGUUGCCUUUGCUGUUGCUGUUCCUGGUGCUGAGGGCAUUUUGGCACACUCACCUGCUCGCUCGCUGGCAGCCUGGCAGAAACGCGGUCAUGCCGCUUAACCUGCCCUGGUUAUAGAUCCCGACCCAAAGCGUAUUUAUCAGUGGAACCGACGGCGAAGGAGCCGGAACUGGGCGAAGCGGCAGUAGCAGCUGCCUUCCACUACAAUCCAGGAUGUCGGACAUUUACUACUGCAGUAAUAGCCAGAUGAAAAAGUCCCGCGAUGCGGACAAAACUUCAUCCCCGGGGUCACAGGCACAUACCAAUGCGAAUGCGGCAUGCAACAUAGCCGCAGCGACGGCAACGGCGGCUGCAGUGGCAGCAGCUGAUAAAAAGAACAACAACAACAAUUGCAGCAAUCGCAACAAAGACAAAUCCAAUUUGCAGACAAAUGGAGGAGGAGGAGGCAAAAAUUGGAAGGGCAUCGUCCACAGCAAUCCAAAUCCCAAUGGCAAUGGAGGAAGCGGCAACGGCGGCUCCACAGCCCUGCCCCCGAAGGUCUUUCACAAUACUCGCUGUACGCGGCACCACAAGCCCCAUCACAGCCACACCAAUGGAGGAGGAUCAGCAGUAGGAGCGGGAGCAGGUUCCGCAACGAAUGGCUUGGACAUCGCCCAACAAAGAGAGCGAGAACGGGAACGGGAAAGGGAUCGCGACAGGGAGCGAGAGCGGGAGAGGGAGCGCGAGCGCGAGCGGGAGCGGGAACACCAUCUGCAUAUGCACAACCAUGCCCAUGGUCUGAGAAGAAAAUCGGAGUCUGUUCUGUCCACGGAUUCGGAUAUACGCUUCACCCGCCGCAAGCUGGGAGACGGUCAGAAAUGCGGCUGCGCUGUGAUCGCCGGCUUCCUUAUAGCCUUGCUCGUGGCCGGCGCAUUUGUAUAUGUGGGAUACACCUAUUUUCGUCCAGAGCCGCUGCCGGAUCGCGUCUUUCGAGGCCGUUUCAUGGUGCUCAACGACAAGUGGAGCAUGGAUCUGGCCAAUCAGAACUCCCUGCGCUUCCAGCACAAGUCCAGGGACUACAGGGAGAGGAUCAAUCUCACCUUAAGGCGUUCGGAUCUGCGGGAGGCCUACGAGGGCAGCGAGAUCUUGGCCCUAGAUGGAAGCGAGGAUAAUAACAACAUCAUCGUGCACUUCAACAUGAUCUUUGAUCCGUACGCGGGUCUGGUCAGCAGCGGUGAGCUCCUGGCGCUCUUCCAUGAAGAGAUGAGCGACCAUCAGCGGCGGCACUUUGCCAAUAUGACCGUGGAUGUGUCCAGUCUGAGCAUCAAGGAGACCACGGGCCUGAUUGAGGAGCCCAUCAUGUCCAGCUCCCCGCUGGGCGGGCACGAUGAGACCACCGAGCCGGUUGUGACCACCACACCGGCGCCACCGCGUCGCUGUGAGCCCAUCCAGCUGAGUUAUUGCCGCCAGUUGGGCUACAACGUGACCACGUAUCCCAAUCUACUGGGCCAUGCCAGCUACGAGCAGGUGGCUGAAGAUUUGAUCGUCUUCCGGGAGCUCGUGGAUGGGGAAUGCUAUCGGGAAGCCUACGACUUUGUGUGCCGCCUGCUCCAGCCGCCCUGCGAUACCCACGGCUCGAGCAUGCAGCCAACGCCCGGCCAUAUAUGCCGCGAGUACUGUGAAUCCUUCAUGGCCGGCUGUGGUAGUCGAUUGCCCCAGCGUUUCCGUCAGUACUUCGACUGUGAACGCUUCCCGGAGUCGACGGGCACGCAGUCCUGCCAGCAGAAGCCGCACUGUGUCAGCGAUAUGCAGAGCAAUGUGCAGAGUCCACGCCUCUGUGAUGGCUAUGCGGACUGUCCGGAUCUAUCCGACGAGCGCAGCUGCGCCUUCUGCUCCCCCAAUGCCCUAUACUGUGGCAGGGGCCGGGCAUGUGUGCCUCGGAAGGCGCGAUGCGAUGGAAAGGCGGAUUGCCCUGAUGGAGCGGAUGAGAAGGAUUGCCUUUCCAUUGCUCCCCUGGCCGCGGAUCUGCUGCAGCCUGAGCCCCUGGUUCCCUAUUUGUCGCGCUUCCAUGCCGCUGGCUAUGCCGUGUUUUCGGAAAAGGGCGUGGUGGGCAAGCUGUGUGCCGAGGGACUCGAGGGCGAUGCCAAGUUGGUGGUGCGCCAGACCGUCUCCGAGUCGCUAUGCAAGUCAUUGGGCUACGAAUCUGUGGAAAUCUUCGACGUGCAAAACGAUACAGAACAGCUGACGGACUACGUGCGGGUCCUGGAUCCCCAUGCGCCGGAAAUCAGCUUCAUCCGGACGCACUGUCCCCGGCGGCAAGUGUUGUAUGUGGGCUGCGGCGACCUGAGAUGCGGCGUUCAGUCGGCGCUUUUCAAUGCCAAGCAACAUCUGUCGCUGCCUAAGAUGUCGGCCCCUGGGGACUGGCCGUGGUUGGUGGCCCUCUUCCGUGAGGACAUCCAUGUGUGCGAUGGCACGCUCAUAUCGCAGGAUUGGGUCCUCACCACGGAGGGCUGUUUUCAGGGUCAGCCCCGGGCCACCUGGAUGGCCAUUGUGGGUGCGGUGCGGCUCUCCGCCAAAGCCCCGUGGACGCAGAGGCGACGCAUUAUUGGGAUGAUUAAGAGUCCCGUCGAGGGCUCCACAGCGGCGCUGGUGCGCCUGGAGACUCCGGUUAGCUUCUCGGAUCAUGUGCGUCCCAUCUGUCUGCCCGAUGCACUGCAGCGAAGACACCUUGCUGCACCCGCCGUCCAGAGGCGUGCCUAUGUACCAGUUGCCGAGCGCCUGGAGGGGCAACUGCCGGCGGUUCAAGUCCAGCGGAGUCCGCUGGCCCAGGAAACGCAACAGUUCUUCCUGAUACCCUCCCAGGAGCAAAUGGAGGGCUCCGGAAGUACAGAGGAAGCCCCGGAGGAUGAGGCGGAGGAGGAAGAGGAUCAUUAUUCACAGCAGGCGGAAGCAGCAGCCUCGUACAUGCCCAGGGCAGAGGCACUGCACCAGGAGCUGGAUUCCUAUCCCCUGCCCGACCAUGCCCCGCAGGUCAACUAUUAUGGCGGCAGUUCUUCCUCCUCCGCCGCCUACUCCUCGUCCACCACCCGCUCAGCCACAAAGCCAACUGCAGCUGGAGCCCAGCCCGUCCAGUCAGCAGCGCAGGAGCAGAUCUGGACAAACUGCAACACGCUGGGCUGGUCCCGGCAGCGGGAUCACCUGCAGCGAGUCCAGCUAAAGAUCGGUGACAUGGCGCCCUGCGAGAAUGUGUCCAUAGCCACGGUCAACUCCAUGUGCAUGGAGGCCACCUACCAGAAGUACGAUUGCACGCAAGAGGAGUACUCUGGAGCGCCCGUCCAAUGCCUGAUACCAGGCACCAAUCAGUGGGCCCUCAUCGGCGUCUCCUCCUGGCGCAUCGCAUGCGGUCCCACAGGUGUCGAGAGACCGCGUAUGUACGACAAGAUCGCCUCGAAUGCCGCCUGGAUACGGGAGACGGUGAAUGCGGUGUAGCAGCCCGCAACACCCCUAGCAUUUGUAUAAAAAAGAUCAGAAUCAAAUCGAACAACUAUGUAUGUAUCUUUGUAUUAUGUAAAAAGAAACGAGGAGAAAACUUAACCGCUACUAACUGGGCUCCCUUUAUUAGCACAUACUGUAUCUGUACUACUCUUUUUAUACGUAAUCUAUUCUAUUCUAUUUUUUUUUUUUGCUGUUUUGUGUAAUAUUUAUUAACUAUGCUGUAAUUGUAUGUUAAACAUGUCGAAAAAGAAGCACAUUUAGUUGUUAGAAAUUACUUUUAGCUGUUUGUAGAAAGAUAUUGUUGAAUAAAAUGAAAUCAAGUGAA